CUUCUUCAUCAAUUCAAUUUAUCUCAUUUGAUUCUUGUUUAAAAAAUUUUAUUUUAUCUUAUCUUGCAUUUCUCACAGGUAAUUGAUAAUGGCUGAUGGUGAGGAUAUUCAGCUCCUGCUAUGUAUGUGGUAAUUCAGGCUAUUCUUUCACUGUAUGCUAGUGGGCGUACAACUGGUAAGACUCUUGUAUGAUACAAGAUUCAUGUUUGAACCGUCUUCAUAACUACUAGGAAACGUUCCGUUUCUUUUGCUUAGUGUUUCAAAAAAUGUUGCUUUAUCGGGUAAAAGAUAAUCAGCGAGAAUAUGAAUCUAGAACGUGACUAGUUUGUUGUAGUCUGUCUUGGACAAUUGCUGCUGUUGCAGUUUUCACAAGGUUGCGUAAUCGUUUUUUCACACGUUGAUCUCAAUCUUCGAUAUUGUGCAAUCCCAUUGCAGGUAUUGCUGGAUUCUGGAGAUGGUGUCAGCCACACUGUACCCAUUUAUGAAGGGUAUGCUCUCCCACACGCCAUCCUUCGUCUUGACCUGGCUGGAUGAGAUCUGACAGACUACAUGAUGAAAAUUUUGACUGAAUGUGGAUACUCGUUUACCACCUCAGCUGAGCAUGAAAUUGUUAGGGACGUGAAAGAAAAACUCGCCUAUAUUGCUCUCGACUUUGAGCAGGAGAUGGAGACUGCAAAAACAAGCUCCUCUGUCGAGAAGAGUUAUGAGCUUCCUGAUGGGCAGGUGAUUACUAUUGGUUCUGAGAGAUUCAGAUGUCCUGAGGUCCUCUUUCAACCAUCUUUCAUUGGUAUGGAAGCUUCCGGUAUUCAUGAAACCACCUACAAUUCAAUCAUGAAAUGUGAUGUCGAUAACAGGAAGGAUUUGUAUGGAAACAUUCCACUCAGUGGUGGUACCACCAUGUUCGGUAUCCCCGAUAGAAUGAGCAAGGAAAUUACUGCACUAGCACCCAGCAGCAUGAAAAUUAAGGUUGUGGCACCACCUGAGAGAAAAUUAAGGUUGCAUGAGGGGUGUAACGUGUAACUUGUACCCUCUGAUUUUGAUUGGCGAGUCUAAUUAGUCGGAUAAACUUUAGUUGUAAUUGUAAUCUUUUUUAGUUCUCACACGGGGACCUUGAAUGUGCAAAAAAGUUAUAUGCAUAAUCUAUAUUUCAAAUCCGUCACUUUUCCUAUACUCAUAAUUUCAGCUGGUUCGGGUGGAUUUUGGAUUAAAUUGGUUUAACUUAAUUUAAUUUUACUUAAUGAUAAUGGUUGGGGUGAUCACAAGCUCGUUUGGGUGGUUUUGGGAUAGAUUGGUUUAAUUAAACUAGACCGUGAACCAGACUGACCAGUGAUCCAUGAAUCAGGCAUCGGGCAAGACUGUAAGAAAACAUGUUAAUAGAUAUAUAGAUUAUAGAUAUAUUAUGAAGACUCAAAACACUAUGUGCAAGAGCAGCUUUAGAAAAAUCGUUGUUUGGACAAUUUUCAAUGC